GCAGCCAAGAGCCGUGAAGAGCCGAAAGAAUACGAAACAACGGAAGUGAACGAAAAUAGUAAAAAGUUGUUUCAUAAAAGUCAACUUGAGAAAGCGGCCGUAGUAAAUUGCUGCAAAAAUUGACAGUUUGCACAGCACUCGCCCGGUAGUCUGUCGUGAUGUGAAGGCGUCCGAUGCGGACACGAAAUUUUCUGAAAGUUUCUUUCUGCUUUUCUGCGCUCCUGCCAAGGACAAUGCGCGUACAUGCCAAAUGUCGUGGUGCAACUUAUCCCGGUACGGACGUGCAGCGCUUAUACGUACCGGAGAACAAGGUCCCCUGGACUGUAGAGUGGCCCGAUUACAAGCCACCUGAGUUCAGUAUACCUGCCCUAUCGUCCAAGCCUUGGGCAGAUCCCGAACUUGGGGCCAAUUUCUCACCUUGUUGGAAUGCCUUGGAUGGCAAUGUUGAUAGACGGAGCCAUGAAGGGACAUACGCCGUGGUCGAAGGCAAGCCCCUGAAUUCCCAUGGCAGAACGGGUCUGUCUGGACGGGGGCGAUUAGGGCGGUGGGGACCCAAUCACGCUGGUGAUCCAAUCGUCACAAGGUGGAAAAGAGAUGCUGAAGGCAUGAAGGUCAUAAACCAGUGCAGCCAACUUCCAGUGCUGCAGUUUGUAGCCAUUGCGAGGAGAGACUCAGGCGAGUGGGCUAUUCCUGGGGGAAUGGUGGAUCCAGGAGAAUUGGUGAAUGCCACACUGCGGAGAGAAUUUUACGAAGAGGCCAUGAACAGCUUGUCCCUGGGUGAAAAAGACAAACAUGCACUGGAGAGAUCUCUCGAGUCAUUCUUCAGUAAGGGUGUUGAGGUUUAUAAAGGCUACGUAGAUGACCCACGGAACACAGACAAUGCCUGGAUGGAGACAGUUGCCUACAAUUUUCAUGACGAAAGUGGCGAUGUUACGGGCAAGUUCUCCCUUGAAGCUGGCGAUGAUGCGGCUAAAGUCAAGUGGACAGAUAUCAACAAGGAGCUUUGCCUUUAUGCUAGCCACUCAGAUUUUGUGCACAAAGUUGUCCAACGACUCAAGGCUCACUGGUGAUCUGAUUUGUUAACCCAUCACUACUGAACACCAAUGAAAGUGUUCAUUCACGUUCA